GCCGCCGCCGCCACCGCCGCCGCCGCCGCCUCCUCCGAGCCGCCUCCGAGCCGCGCGCCGGGGCCCCCGCCGAGCGCCGGGCCUCCCGGGAACAUGGCCCUGGAGCAGCUGUGCUCGGUCCUCAAAGUGUUGUUAAUAACAAUACUUGUAGUGGAAGGGAUUGCUGUGGCCCAAAAGACUCAAGAUGGACAAAUUAUUGGAAUAAAACACAGUCCUCCUACUGAUUGUGGUGGCAUUUGGGUUCGAACCAGCAACGGAGGUCAUUUUGCUUCACCGAAUUAUCCUGAUUCAUAUCCACCGAACAAGGAGUGUAUUUACACUUUGGAAGCUGCUCCACGUCAAAGAAUAGAGUUGACUUUUGAUGAACAUUAUUAUAUAGAACCAUCAUUUGAAUGUCGAUUUGAUCACUUAGAAGUUCGAGAUGGACCAUUUGGUUUCUCUCCACUUAUAGAUCGCUACUGUGGUGUGAAAAGCCCUCCAUUAAUUAGAUCAACAGGGAGAUUCAUGUGGAUUAAAUUUAGUUCUGAUGAAGAACUUGAAGGACUGGGUUUUCGAGCAAAAUAUUCAUUUAUUCCAGAUCCAGACUUUACUUACCUAGGAGGUAUUUUAAAUCCCAUCCCAGAUUGCCAGUUUGAACUCUCAGGAGCUGAUGGAAUAGUGCGUUCUAGUCAGGUGGAACAAGAAGAAAAGACAAAACCAGGUCAAGCCGUUGAUUGCAUAUGGACAAUUAAAGCUACUCCAAAAGCUAAGAUAUAUCUAAGGUUCCUAGAUUACCAAAUGGAGCACUCAAAUGAAUGCAAGAGAAACUUUGUUGCUGUGUAUGAUGGAAGCAGUUCUAUUGAAAAUUUGAAAGCCAAGUUUUGCAGCACUGUAGCCAAUGAUGUAAUGCUUACAACAGGAGUUGGAGUGAUCAGGAUGUGGGCAGAUGAAGGCAGUCGGCUUAGCAGGUUUAGAAUGCUCUUUACGUCCUUUGUGGAGCCUCCCUGCACAGGCAGCACUUUCUUUUGCCAUAGCAACAUGUGCAUCAAUAAUUCUCUGGUCUGCAACGGUAUCCAAAACUGUGCAUAUCCCUGGGAUGAAAAUCAUUGUAAAGAAAAGAAAAGAGCAGGUCUAUUUGAACAAAUCACUAAAACUCAUGGAACAAUUAUUGGCAUUACAUCAGGGAUUGUCUUGGUCCUUCUCAUUAUUUCUAUUUUAGUACAAGUGAAGCAGCCUCGAAAAAAGGUCAUGGCUUGCAAAACUGCCUUUAAUAAAACUGGAUUUCAAGAAGUAUUUGAUCCUCCUCAUUAUGAACUGUUUUCGCUAAGGGACAAAGAGAUCUCUGCAGACCUGGCCGACUUGUCAGAAGAACUGGACAAUUACCAGAAGAUGAGGCGCUCCUCUACUGCCUCCCGGUGCAUUCAUGACCAUCACUGUGGAUCACAAGCAUCCAAUGUCAAACAAAGCAGAACCAAUCUCAGUUCCAUGGAACUUCCUUUCCGAAAUGACUUUGCACAACCACAGCCAAUGAAAACAUUUAAUAGCACCUUCAAAAAAAGUAGCUAUACUUUCAAACAGGCACAUGAGUGCCCCGAACAGGCCCUAGAAGACAGAGUUAUGGAAGAGAUUCCUUGUGAAAUAUAUGUCAGGGGGAGAGAAGAUUCUGCACAAGCAUCCAUAUCCAUUGAUUUUUAAUCUCCUACUAAAGGGGACAUUAAUUAUUAAAGUAUGUAUGUAUGCAGCCUACAGAGUGUCCAUACUGUUUUCAGCAGCCACGCACCCUUUUCUCCUGUCAAAACUAGGAAGACCUUCAUUUACCAUUACCUAUCGUAAUUGAUGAAGUUUUUAUUAUCUCAGGCAGUGAUAAUCGUUACGAACAAGGAACUUCUUUCAGUAGAAAAAAAAAUCAUCUGUUGCUUGGUGUCACAAAACACCAAGUUAAAUAGCAGUUGAAGAGGGGAGUUGUGUUGUUGAGCCAGGGUCAGGCUGCCUGGUAGUUUUAGCAACAAAAAAAACCGCUCUUGAUUGAUAAUAGCUCUUUCACUAUUUUGAUCCAUAAUAAGCUUAAAAGUUUUUUUCUUUGCAUUCCUUUUGUUCUCCUUUUCUCUAAAAUUGUGUAAUAAGUCGGUAAUUUUACCAUCUCAGUUUCUUACAUAAAGGUAAUAGUUAAGGUACCACACAUAUUUUAGCAUAGGCAUUUGUUCUAGAAUUUUUCAAACUAUAACUAGUUACUGUGGUAAGUGCUAAUUAAGACAGUUAUGUUUCUUCCAUAUGUUUCUUCUUGACUAAUUUUUAUACUGCUGCCUUUUAAUGAUUGGAUCCUUAGUUUUUCCUUUUCUGUGAGAAGUAUAUAUGAUUUCUCACCUUUAGGUCAUAUUUAGAUGUUAUGCUAUAAAAAUUUCAUAAUCCUGGGAAGUGUGCACCAUUGCCACAUAGAAUUAAAAACCUGAAAAAGAUGAAAAUGUUCAGAAAUUCCUUAAAAGUUCCCAAAUUUGUUCACAUUUUGUGAUGGGCCAUUCAUUUCUGAAAAGAACAAUUCAUUUUAGAGGGAAGCCUGUAAUUAUAUUUAUUUCAAUUGCUUUUCAUCACCAAAUCUAUUUUCUAUUCAUUUUGUUUUAAAAUUAUUUAGCUCCAUUUGUAUUGGUUUACUUUGUGGCAUAAAAUAAUCAUGGUUUUAUGAAAGUUUAAGGAAAAUUUCUAAAAAUACUGUAGAAGUCUUUUAGAUUGCUUCUUACUUGGGUCAGUACAUUUUUGUAGUUCUUACCAAGAAUAACAAUUUCCAGUUUUUUUUAAACUGCACUUUGACCUUAUUUUUUUUAUGGUAUAUAAAAUAAUAGUUUAUAAACAUGAUAUAAAAAACUCAUUGUGUUUUUUUAGACUUUUGAUAUUAUUUGAUACUGUAUAAACUUUAUUAAUCAAUAUUAAAGACCUACAUGACAUUUCUUUUUAUGUUCAUAUUAGCAGCAUUGUAUUCAAGUAUGCUGUGAUGGAACACUCUAAUUUAUUGUAAAGACUGUGGUGAUGUGUACAGAAUCUUUUUAUUUCCUUUCAUUACUGCAUUUAAAAUUUAUGAUAUAUUUUCACCAUGUGAUAUUUAUUGUCCUAAAUCACUACAAAAAUCAUAUUAAAUAUGCAUUACUACAUGAUCCUUCAAUCAUGUUAUUUAUAGCACUGAGAUUUUGAGUAUUAAGAUGGAUAUGGAAAAGAAUAUAACAUAUUUCAACUAAUACAGACUUAACAUCAAAAGAGAUUCCUCAAAAAUAAAAAAUUAAUUCUUAUUUUCCAUAUUUUUGGAAGUUCUCAAUGAAAUGAGAAAUUAAAGCUUCACUAGGUUUCACUCAUUAUUUUCAUGAUUACAUAUGUACAUUUUUCUCAAAAUAGCGAAAAUUGUGACCACAUGUAUGAGACACAUAUAUAAUACUCCCUCAAAAUAUGUUUUCUUUAUCACAUUUUAGUAGUACAUAGUACCCAUUUAAUAAAAAGAUCUACAAAUAAUGUGUUCAUAAUUUAAGUUUAAGUCAGCAUUAAUUUCCUGCUUUAAAAAUUUAACUUGGAAGGUAAGACUUAAUGAAUGUAAUAUUUAAUGAACUAAUAAACCAGGGCCAGAUUAGAUAACUAAAUUCUUUCAAUACUAUGUUGAACAGGUAUUUUUAGUAAUUUAUGUCAACCAGCAGUUGAACAACAUUGUAAAUGCUUCAUAUAAUUAAUAAUUGAUCUCAUUUCAUGAUAAAGGAGAAUUAGUUUAAUUUCUAUGUAAAAUAUCUAUUAUAAAAAGGUGUUAUCAAUCCAAUUUUAACAUCUCGAUUAUUGUAGAAACUGAUAAAAUAUACUUAACUGCAUUAUCUACGGACACUUUUAACUAUUUUUAUUUUGGAAUUUAUACCCACUUUUCUUUUAAAAGGUCAUGAAGGGGCUGAAAAAUACACAGCCUUUAAAGAAGACAUUUAACAUUAAAACAGCACAAAAAUUCAUGGUUGUUGACACCUCAACAAGUAAAACUUAGACAACAAAAAUUGGGUCCUAACUUGUGGCUGCUAAAACAAGUGGUCCUUAUUUUUCAUAUUAGAAAAGCCAAAUUUAUCUGCAGAAGCUAGUUUUGAAUCCUCAGAAUUUUUGAAUUAUACAAAAAUAUAUCAUAAUCACAAAUUUUAAUCCAGUGAAGUAUCAUUUUAUUUGGGGUUUUUGUUUGUGGUGUUUGUUUGUUUGUUUGUUUUGGAGGACUCACCCUGUAUGCUGGGAGCUACUCCCAGCUCUAUGGUUAAGAAUGACUCCCAGCAAUGCUUGGGUGACUAUACAGUGCAAUGGAUUGAAUCAGGCCUCCAGCAUAUAAAGCAUAUUCUUAGCCAGUUGAGCUCUCCAGCCCUUGAAGGCUUCUUAUGAUGUAAUUCAAGAGAUUUGUUCUUUCUGAUCACUUUACUGCAGGGAUAGAACUAAAGAUGAUCCAUAGUUAAAACAUUAAGACUGCCAUAUGUUACAUGCCUUCAUGGAUAUGAAACCUCAUAUUUCUGUUGAAACAUUUAGCAGUAUAGUACAAAAAAGGGAAAUAAAUGAAAUUAAUAAAUUGUAGGCAUUACUACCAGCACAGUUGUUAUAUAGUCUUUCAUCUUUAUGAUCAGUAAGAUAACUUUGCAAAUUGUUUACUAAGAUGAAAGCCAUAAAUUUUAGUGACAAAGGUGAAAUUUAGCCAUCACUGAGAUUAUAGUGUUCAGUAUUAAACCUAUAACAGAAAAUACACAUUGGAAAUUGGGUGUCCCCAAUUCAGACAUAGCACUAAGUUCACUUCUUUUAUAUCUUCCACCUGGAAUGCAGUUGAUCCUGAAUUUAGUACAAGGUAUCAAAUACCCAUAGAUUGUAGGAAAAUAUUAAUCCAAACAUCUAAAGUAUAUAGUAAGAAAGUGUGCUGCACCUUUUGUGAGAGGAUUUGCUCAACCUAAAGGUUUUAACACAAAGCAAAGAAUCUUCCAUGUUUCACAUCAUAUGAGUUUUAAAGGUUCCUUUAAAUUUGUCUUGUUAAAACUCUACUGUCAAGGUUUUGUCACUUUACUAAUUACUAGGUGUUAAAGGAACAUAAAUACUCUGCUUCCAAACAUUCUUACAGUUCUGCUAUUGUCUCAUUAGAGGAUGCUUCCUUUCUUAAGUGUGUCAACUGAUGCGAUGGAACGGGGAAAGCCUACUUAUUAUUCCAGGAAUAAUUCUCAGUGGUAAGAAAUUGAUCUUAUAAAAUGUCUACUAUAUUGUUUGUGUUAUUUUAUUUCAAAAACUAAAAAAAAAAAUUGCCUUGGCUCAGAUUGAUUGAACUGAUUGUUUUGGGUUUUUUUAAAUCCAAGAAAAUUGGUUCAACUUUAUUAAGGAGAAGACUGAAGUCCAGAGAAGAGGAAUGAGUAUCCACCACUCAGAACUGACUUGCUUUCUGCUGUCUCCCUGUUUUAGCUGGCUAUUAAUUUUAAAGUCAAGCUGUUCUAAAUAGCAGCCAAGAUAUUACUUGUAAGCUUCUCAACUGAUUUAAAAUGUAAUUUAUUCUAUAAUAAUUUCAAAACAUUGCGUUUUACUUUUCGCUCCAAUAUCUGUGUAACACUUUGUUACUCUAUAAUUUCAUUGCAAUGAUUUCUUGACCCUUGCAAACUCUGUAAGACAAUUACUGUGAAUUCUUAAUAAUAAACAAUGUUAACAAUUUAUAGGCUUGGUGUACUAUACAGAAAGAACUCCAGUGCUCUGCUUUUGUGAUCUUUUUUAAAUAUAAAAGAAACAAAUUAAACAUUUGUGUGCUGUA